AUAACUGCUAAAAAGCUGUUUUGUAAAAAGUCAUUUCAACAUGAGAAUGUCUUUAAGUGAUUCAGAACAUUCACAGCUGUAUUUUAGAAAAGAAAAAGUAACACAUUUCAACAAUCUGAACUGAAACUCUGAUCCUCUCAUCAGACUUCUUUACUUUCUCAGUUAAACUUCUGGCUCAACUUACCCCAGAACUACUAUUGUGACUUUAUUAGUCCUCUAAGCUAAAAUGUUGGACUUUUAUGCUAGGUUUCUGACCUCAUGUCGUAGCUCAAUUGAUGCAUAAAACAAAUUUAAAAUGAUCUUUUUUGGUCUGAACACAAUUCUAGUUAAACUUUAGACAGACUAAAUUCACUUUCAAGAGUGAAAAAUGUUUUUUUUUUUUUAAAUAAAUGUCUAACCCCUUCACCCAUGUGCUUCUAACCUUCACAGACUCCAUGAAUUGAUGCCCAUCUCCUUCAUAUUUGCUCACAUGAUCAAUUUCUUUUACCAUUUCCAAGCAACAGGAGGUGGCUCAACUUACCUUUUGGCUGAACUUACCCCACUCUCCCCUAUAGUAUUUGUCAACAACAUUUAAUAUCAGAGUUCGUAUAAUAAGAAAAGAGUCCUUAAAUGGAGGAAUGUCAGUAGUCAUGGGCCAAAGUCAGGAGUGUUUUCUAUAUCAUUAUUUUAAACGGUUGUUGUCUCCUGCUUGAAGCGCGGGGUGACAGCAGCAAGGUUGAAAACCGCAAUCAAAACACCAGCCGAAGAAGAAGAGAAGGCCCCGCCCAUCGCGGCGCAUGAAAGCGACGUCACGCAAGUAAACAACGGCAUGUCGCACAGGCAGAUUCAAGCCAGAGGUAUGAAGAACGACCACAGCCUAUUUUAUAAAUAAACCGUAGCGUGUGUGUGUUUUCACAGGUCUGUUGAGAGUGCAGCUUUUUAUCUUUGACAUGUUAGGUGUGUAAGCUAACUUAUCAUCCAGCUCUGCUAGCCUAGCACACACAAUGCGGACACCAGUCAGGUUUUCGUUCCUGCAGUUUAAACUACUCCUAGUAUAUAACUCAUACUGUUGUUUUUGCUCUCAUUGCUUACUAAUUUUACACUAUUUAUUUUUUUAGAAAUGAACGGCCAAGCGGACGUCGAGGUUGACUACAAGCGGAAAUAUAAAAACCUGAAGCGAAAAUUAAAAUUUCUCGUUUAUGUGAGUACGACUGCCUCAAAUGUGAAGAAAGAUUUGUAAGCAUUUGUUUAAAUGAAUUAAGAAGAUAUAAAAAUUCUCCUUAUUUACGCUGAAUUGGGGUUUGUUUUCAUCCUUUCAGGAGCAGGAGUGUUUUCAGGAGGAGCUGAGGAGGGCACAGAGAAAACUUCUCAAAGUCUCCAGAGACAAAAGGUGAGAUUACAUCAUGUGUUCAUAGAAACAGUGUCAAUGUUUGACAGCAUUAAGUAAGUGAAAACUUAAUUUUCUUUAUUUUUCUUUCCAGCUUCCUCUUGGACAGAUUGCUACAGUAUGAGAGGGUAGAUGAAGACUCCUCAGGUACUUAUCAGCCAUCCAAAAAAAAUCAAUUUAAAAAUGAACUCAUAACUGUGCUGUAAGUUUAGUGUUAUUUAUUUGCCCUUCGUUCCAGAUUCAGAUGCAACAGUAUCUUCUGAAAACAGUGAAGGAGAAGGGCCCAGGGAGAGGGAAAGAGAACGAGAAUUUGCAAAAAAGUAAGUUAAGAAUUUAGGCUCAAGACCCACCUUUUUAGCUUAGCUUUUAAUUGAUAUUUAUUUGUUUUAUCUUCAUUUAUACUAGUUAGCCUAGGUUUAUUUUUAUGUCUGUGUUUUAUUCAUAUUUUAGUUUUUACUUGUUUAUAUCCUUUUAUCACGCCCAGUGUUUCCUCUGAGGGAGCCCUCGGCACCGGGAGCAGUGGUCGCUUGUGGUUGCAGGGGCCGGCCACGGGGUUCCUGGUGGAGGUUGCUGUCUGACACAUCCCUCCACUGGCCCUGUGUCGGUGUCCUGUGGCUGCGGGCGGCUCUCUGCUCCUGGUGCUGACGGCUCCUCUGAUGGUGCCUUCUCAACUGGUUCAUCUGCACUCAGCCUCAUGUCCAUUCUCUUAGUGUGUGAAUGUGCUGGUGUGUUGGCGUGUGUGUGGGUGGGGGUUAAGAGGGCAUCUGGGAUAGUUUUUUGUUUUUGUUUUUAACUUGACUGUAAAGCACUUUGAGUCACAUUUCUGUAGGAAAAGCGCUUUAUAAAUAAAGUUUGAUUGAUUGAUAGUGUAACAUUAAAAAUACCUGUUUACUUUUUGUGAUUGCAGUCGUUGAAGGCUUUAACAACUAUCAGAUAUUGCAAACGCAUGUAUAAUUGAAAACCUUGAAAGUAACGAAAGCACAAACUUAUCAUCAGUUAAGUCCUUCUGUUUGUUGCCUGUUAUUUUAUUUGUUUUUCAGAAAUUUGUUGAUAUUUUAUUUUUGCCAACCAUGACUGUCCAGGCAUCCUAGAUUUUUAAAAGCCUGUUUCUACUUGAAGAUACAGAAAAGUGGGGAAAGCACUGUAAAAGUGCAGAUUUGAUGAAUUAUUUUAAAAAGCCUGCUUGUUGAGGUUUAUUGAACUACAUGAAUCUGUGUGCUUAAAACAUUGUAUUGUAACUCGCCAGCUGAACUCUUCUUAACUAAACUGAAUGUUAUUUUUUCAGGCGAAGGAGUAGUCCUGGAGCAUCUCUUCCCUCAUCGUCCCCUCAUCUGUCUUUACUGUCCCGUUCUGGUGUAAACCCUCUACAGUCCUCAGGGUCUGGACCUUACCUGAACACUGUAAGCAUUCAUCUCCUUGUCUGUAAUCUUAGUGUGUUAGGAGCAGUAACAUUGGUGCCACAGUCAUCCUCACCAGCAAACAUAAUCCCUGUUUUUAUUCAGCAUUAUUUAUAUGAUUUUAAUGUUUUUUCAUUUUAUUCAUCUGUUUUAUCUCUUUCUUUGUUUUUGUUUUUUUCAUUGGUGCAUAUAAUGGCUUCACUGUCCUUGCAUUGCUCAUGUUUUGUGAUUUUUUUUUUGUGUGUAUGUGUGUCUGUCCUGCAAAUUGCCCAUGCCUGUGUCUAUGUGUGUGUGGUUUAUUUGGCAAUUUGGGGCCUGUGUGUGUUGGGCAGAUGCCCUUCCCACCAGAAUAUUUGGCUCCUCCGGCUGAACGAGUGAAGAAAGAGAGAAAAACAAAGACACCUAAAAACAAGAAAGAGACCACUGGGAAGGUGAGAGAGGGAAAAGAAGUUUAGAAAAAUAAGACAUAGAUAUCCUGCUUACUUUUCGCAUCCUUGAUAAAGAGAUCCUUGUAAACAUUAGUGGCAAAAGUAAAUCAGCAUAUGUUUUGAAGUCUAUUGAAAAAAGGCAAUUAUACCUUUUUAUGUUCUUCUCGGAGUGAAGAAUCUCUUUAUUGGUAAAACUUAGGUUAUUGACAAAUGUUUUUUUAUUUUUAAACUGUGUCUUAUAGUCUUUUUUGAUCAUCGAGAACUUGUCAUGGCAGCGUUUUGAUGCAGUAGUAAUGUUACCAUCUUUAAGUUUGUUACUUUGCUUCCCUCUGAUCAGUAUUUCUUUAUCCUGCAUGCCUUACCCUGAUUUUCAUCUUUGAAGCAUGCAUCCUUUCAUACACCCUUUCCCCCGUACAAAUCUUCAUGAUUGAUCAUUCUUGGCAUUCUGUUUCAUGAUUCCAAAUCCCUCUCAGGUUGUUGCCCCGAUGUCAUCCAACUACCCAUCAUCCACUGCAGCUCCCACAACAGCCAGCAGCCCCUUCAGCUGGGUGCCCAGGCAGAUGCUCAGCGGAGAUGCAGCUGAGGAGGAGGGAGAGAGCGAUGGAGACAGUGAUAGAGGGGAUGAGGACAGAGGGGAGGGAGACGAGGCCGAACUGGUCAUUGAUAUCCCCAAUGAGUGAGCCUGACUGUGUGUGGAGAUGUAUUUAUAAGCAGAGGGGUUGAGAGAUUGUACAUUAGUAUGUGAGAGAGUAAAUGGACAUUUCUGUGUGUGUGUGUGUGUGUGUGUGUGUGUGCAGUCACCUAUUUCACAUUUUUGAAAGAGAGGACAAGCCCCCCCUUGUGGACAAUUGCAUAUCAGCAGGAUCACUGUCAAGACUUUGUUUUGGAUAAAUGGGGUUUUAAAACAUUAUGUUACAGACUGACUAUGACAACAGAUUUUUACAAUAAUUUCUAGUCCAUCAAAGCUUUUUUUUAAUAUGAUUUACUGACUGGCUAUUUGAAAUCUGCUUCUCAUUUUUUUAAAAAUAUUUUCAUGUUUCAAAGCGACUUUAUGUUCAUGGCAGUAUAAUGUUUUGCACUCAUCGAACUGUGUGUGUCAGAGAAUGACGUGAACAUGUUUUCAUUUCAGAUUACUAAAGACAAAUGUGAAUUCAUCUCUUGUGUGUCAGGUUUCAUUCAGAUAUUCUGCUGACAAUACACACAAACAAGCUUAUUAAACCAGUUGAGAGCUGCUUUAUUUUAAAAUAUAUAUUUCUUAUUGUACUUUUUCGGAUGAAUUAAAUGGUGAGAAAGUUCGACAAAACUUAUAGUGACACUUAAUGCCCCACCCAAAACAUCACACC